AUGGCGCCUGCGCGUACAACUUCUUCUUCCCACCUGCUCCAGAUCCUCCAAUCCACAGUCGGUGACGAAGCCCUAGAUCUCACGUUCAAGGCGAUGAAGCGGCUCUCAGAAUACGAGAAUUUCCGGUACGACCCUGAGAGCGGCCGUCUUGAGGUCCUGCUACCCUUGGCGGACGAGGAUCUUUGGGUGCGCAGACGAAGAGUCAAGACCCUGGCGGAGUUCCUAGAAGACGACGAACAGUACGCUUACAGCGAGAAUCCUAGUGAGGAGUACACCUUCUGGCUGGCGCAGUGUGUUCACUAUGGGUUGGAGUUUCCAAUCACGACGGAGGAUGCGAAGGCAUAUGUGAGGGGUGCUAUUGAGCAGGGGAUCAAGAAGGAGCCUCCGCACUUCAGGGUGCUGAGGAAGUUCUUGGAGAGACAAUAUCUUGAGAUGCAUGAGGAGAGUGAUGAGAGUGAUGAGAGUGAGGAGAGUGAGGAGAGUGAGGUUGACGAUGAUGACCAGGUGGUCUUUGUUGGUCCUGAAGAGGAGGAGUCGGGGUUUGAUAUGGUUGAUAAUGAUUGUCAAGUGGUUGAAGACUCGCUUGCAGACGAAUAUUUGGAAGCUAUGAUGAUCGAUCAAGAGCACGAUGCGGACGAUGAAGACGAGUCGGAUGACACCGAGCGUGAAGACAAGUCAGAUGGCACGGAUGAUGAUGACGACAAUGCAGACCUUGAUAGCGAAUCAGAUGAACCAGCCAGUGAUUCGGAUGCAGACAUGGAUGAUGGUGGUGGUGGAGAUCAUGCAGACGAUACGCAACAAGAUGGAGACAAUCAAGACGACCAAGCCCAAGAGACUAGAGGUGUGUCUGAGGGAAACCCUCCAGACAUCAACAUGAAUGCCGAUGGGGAUGGCAUCUCUGGUCCUGGAGACAACACCGCCACGCCAGACCAUCAGCAAUGCGAAUCUCUUGCUCCUCAAUCAGCAAACGAACCACAACUGACACUUCCUCGCUCACCGGUGGCUGCCAUCGAAGAGGUGGAUCUCAGCCAGGAGUCCCCCACAUCUAUCUACGAUCUUUCUUCGGACAGUGAUUCCCAGCCUGUUAAUGCUUCAAACAACGCCGGCCAAGACAACACGGAAGAGGCUUCCUACGAUGCUGCUCUCAGAGAACAUAUUGAUUGCCUGUACAAUGAGGAUGAAUAUGACAACUUCAGCGAAUACCAUGCUGGUCACAUUGCAAGUGGUAUCAAUGAUCUGCGAUCAUCAGGCAGAGCAACUAGAUCAUCUGCAGCUAAGGAUGAGUCGAAGACCAGUGUUGAGCAUAUUGACGCACCGUCACUCAGCCCUGUCUGUCUCAUGGAUCUGGACAGAGAUCUUGAAACUGCCCAGAUGUGUCAGAAGGCCGAAAGGGAUGACAAUACUCAGCAGAAAGAUAAGUCUUUAGGGGAUCGCAAGUCUCAAGAUCUUCCGGACGUGGAGGACCUCUUACCCUCUAUAGCCCAUAACAACAAAUCAGGAGGAGUCAAGACCGACAUGAGGAUAGCGGAUGCCCCAGGAUCUCAAGACUCGGUGUUCGAGAGCAUUGAGACUUGUUCCCCGAAUCCCGGCAGCUCUCAAACUCUCAAACCUGUGGAAGUGAGGGAUCUUGGAAAGAGUAAUACCAGGGACAAGGAAGGCCCCACUACAUUUUACCCUCUACCAUCCGCGACCUCCUUGAGAUCUCCAUGUUCGGAAGUUGAUCAUGACGGUAAGGAUAUUCGGGCGUUGCCUCUCAAAACGUUAUCAACAUCUGGGACCACAGGCUUUAUCAAUGUGCCACAAGGGCCAAAGGCUUGGAGUUCACCUCCCACCACAAAUUUUAUCGACGUACCACGAGGACCCAAAGUUUGGAACUCACCUUCCACAACAAGCUUUAUCAACGUGCCACGAGGACCCAAGGCUUGGAGCUCACCUUGCAGAUCAAGAUCAGGAACCCUAUCUGGUGUAACAGCACAUUCCCCUCUCCUGACUCCAUCUCCUAAGGAAUCUCGUUUUUUGCGUCAGUUAACAUUCCAGAAAGCAAGAGGUGCAGUAUUGCAUGGUAAAAAUGCUGCAUCGAUGCUGGAUUCAUUCUCUAGUGUGACGACCCAGUCUAAUAUUUUAAGUAGUCCUUUUGUGCAGAACACCACUUUUCCCAUCCGAUCGUUUACAAACCAGACCGUGCAGAAUAAGCUUGAGCUUGAGGCUGGAAUGAAUGCUGAACGGAGUGAACAAGCGAGAGAACAUCAGAAUAUUGUGAAUUGGCACCAACAAGAAUAUCAGAGGCUUCGAGAAGUCAAUCACCAAAACAUUCGGAAAGAGCAACCGGGAGCAGAAGCCAUUGUUGAACAUGGACGAAUUCAGCAGUCGUCCUCAAGGGCAGGUAAAAGAAGCGCUGAAGAUAAUAUCUUACCAUGUUCCAUUGGCAGCCAUAGCCAACUUGCCGACCAGCGUAGUGACAUUCAGCGAAGUCUCGGCAACGCUGCUCACCAGCCUCGGAAAAAGCAAUGCUUGGAGACUCCUUCCAAGAAUGUGGAACAGUCAACGGGAAGAAGAAGUACCAACAGCUCUAGCACAGGAAAGAAGACAUCCAUGAUGAAGACACACUCUGCGACCCAAAGUGGUGUAGACGGUUGUUCCACCCAAGAGAGGCUUCCGAGGAAGGAAGGCUCAUUCAAGACACCAAUCACAAACGAUGCUGCAAGAAGUGCAGAAAAGAAAGAGACCACCUACCAGAGACCUAAAGAGCAGAACAGAGGAGGACAAAGUCCCACCAAAACAAGAGCCUCCAAAGCGGCCGCCGCAAAGGCAAAGUCUGAGAUGAGCUUUCGUUCCAUACGGGACGAUGCGAACCAGACACCAAAGUCCAAGUCGAUGGACGCGACGAACAAUCUCAGUCGCCAGUUAAUUGACUCACGGGAUACGACAUCCAAACGUGACGAGGACAAGACAACACGAGCAAAUCAAGAGAGCCUCAUGUCACACCCAAAGACUUCAAAGCCAGAACUCGCCUGGCAAUCAGUUACCUACACGUCCAACCCAAUGGCCGGGCGAAGGCCAGGGAGCUACCGCCUGGACAGCAUCGAACCGCAGCAUUUCCGAGACGUCAUAACGAUAGUAAACCCGGCGGCACGCCAUGGCCAGAGUCUGAAAGACCUCCCACUUCCGCGAAAGAUUUCGACAAUGGAUCCAGGCACCGAACAACCGCUCGAGCUGCAGUGGGUUGAGCAGCGUCGAGCGUUCAAGAAGCGCAAGCGCGAUCAAUUUAUGGCUAAUGUCCCUGAAGACUCUUUGUUGAUGGAUAAGGUGCCGAUCAUGGUUAGCGAACCGAAAGGACUAAGGAUUGAGCAUUUUUAG